UCGAUCUCGUGCUCACGCUCCUCGGGCGUGAGUUCAUCGCUGAACUCUUUGCCAAUGGCGUCAGGCUUUUCCUCAUAGUUAUCGCCCAUUUCGAGUCUGUCGAAUCAAUAUGAUAAAAAGAUUAUGUGUGGUCAGGGUGGAAGAAAAAUAGUCAGACGACCCCAAUGCCCUCUAUAUAAUGCCUGUUUAGCCGGGAAGUUUGUCUGCGGAUUAUUGUACUCCGUACCAUUAUCCCUCUCUCCAAUCCCCGGCCUCCCUGUCCCAGACCCCACUUCCUCGACCCCACAAGUCCCCAGAGUAUCCGAUAAUGAAGUCCUUUCUUUCUCUUCUGGAACCAAACGCGGUUGCAUCAAUGUGUAUCAGGUUUGUUUUAUUAUGGGGUUAUGUGAAUAAGAAAAGCAACGCGCCUAACGACUAUCAAAUCCAACCCACGCCAUGGAGAAAAGGUUCUUUUGAUCGCAGCGAGCGUGAAAGGCUCGACGUCAAGGG